ACUCAACUUGGUAUCAGUUUCUUCGAUCCCCUGCUUCCGCCAUGAAUCGUCUUCUUCGCCACACCCGCUUGGCCAACCUCGACACUCCUCCCAGCAACCCCUUCGCUCCCAUCCCCGCGGCUCGCGCUCCUCCAGCUGCUGACCGGGGCAAGCAGCCUCUCGACGAGCCCGUGCUGCCUCCUCCCUCAACCCUCGCGCCAGCUGCCGCACCGGCUCGUGCUGCCCCGGCUCGUGCUCUAGCGAUCGCUCUGCAUAUGGCCGGCAGCGAGCUCGUCGUCCCGCGCCUCAACGUCAGCACCUCCAGCGCCCCCAACCCUGAUGUCGGUCCCUCCGCCACCAGCGUCCUCCCCAACUCCAUCGCGCACCACUUCCACCGGAAACUCGAGCUCGAAACGGGUAACUACUCUAAGUGGCGUCAAUUGUUCUACUUCAUAUGUUGUCGCCACAACGUGCAGCACCACCUCGACGUCGCCGCGGCGCCGCUUCACCAAAGAGCCGUCUGGUGAAACGAUGACAUCACCAUCGUCCUCUGGAUGUAUGAGGUGAUCGCUGAAGAUCUCCAGGACGUCGUGAUGUCCCCCAAGAGCAUGGCGCGUGAUGUUUGGGUCCAGCUCCACCUGCUGUUCCGCGCCAAUCAACCGGGCCGCGCCAUCAUCCUCGAGGCGGAAUUCCGCAACAUGGUGCAGGGCAACCUCUCCGUCGCUGAAUACAGCGUGAGGCUCAAGGCGCUCGCCGACGCGCUUGGCGUAGUCAGCGUCACCAUCUCCGACCAAGCCCUCAUGCUCCAGCUCAUCCGCGGGCUCAGCCGUCGCUUCCAGGUGAUGGCGACUCUCCUUCCGAUGCCGAACCCCUUCUCGUCCUUCAUCCAGGCCCGCUCCUGGCUCCUUCUAGAGGAGCUCUCCGCCAACGAGCGGGCUCGCAUCGACGAGCAAGGUGCGGGAUCACCGACCGCGCUCACCAUUGGCCGCGCCACCGACACUAGCAGCGACCGCGCCGGCGCCCCCGCCGGUGACAGGGGCAAGGGCGACACCCCCUCUCCUCCCGCUGACAGGCCGGCGCGCGGCCAUGGACGCGGCCGUGGGCAUGGACGCGGCUCCCCCGGCUCCUCGUCUUCAGGAAACUCCAACACGGGCAACCGUGGCACUCCCGCUCCUGCCGCAAACGCUCGUCCGUGGCUGGGCUACUUCGCCCCCUGGGACACGCGUUCCCUCCCCUGCCGCACCAGCUCCGCGCACCGUGGUCCGCGCCCAAUGUGCCGGCGUCCUCGGGCCUCGUUUGCCUCCGCCGCACCAUGCGUACCCGGUCGCAGCGCCCCCGGUCGCGGCCGGCCCCUUCUGGGAGCAGUACCAUCAGCUCAACACGGCGCUCCACAACCUGUCCAUGCAGCAGUGGCAGCACGCCGGCGCCGCCCCGGACUAGAUCCUCGACGCGGGGGCUUCCUCCCACGUAGCUGGACCUAGCGACGGGGCGCGUCAUGAUGAGGUCCAGUAGCCAUGGAGAUUUGUAUCCAUUCUUCGGCAACUCCGGCUUCCAGCAUGCUCUUUCCGCCGUCAACGACUUGUGGCAUCUCCGCCUAGGCCACCCCAGCAAUAACUCUAUUUCCAUUUUAGCUAAAGAUUUCCUUCCUUCAUGUAAUAAUGGCGUGACCAAAACUAGUAUUUGUUCCUCAUGCCAAUUAGGAAAGCAGCCACAGCUGCCUUUUUCUUCUUCAACUUCUGUCACUACA